GUAAGAAAGCAUAUGGUGAUUGGGGAAUAGACGAAGUUCUCAAGAAGUUUUUUACACCAAGACGGAUCUUCCAUAAAAUGGUAUACAGACGAUUCCCCGAAAGUCAUUUAACCGACAGGCCACUUCACUGA